CCCAAGCCGCAUGAAAGUUGUAGAAAAAAUAUUUAGAAAACUUGUGUUACCUUUGGUAAAGAUAUUAUUGUGAAAUAUUUGAACACAUUCAAGUCGAAAAUGGCGCGCAAAAAUGCACAGGCCGAGGAUCUCUCAAAUGUGGAGUUUGAGACAAGCGAAGAUGUGGAGGUAAUACCCACCUUCAAUGCCAUGAACCUAAAGGAGGAGCUGCUACGCGGCAUUUAUGCGUACGGCUUUGAAAAACCAUCUGCUAUACAACAGCGCAGCAUAAAGCCAAUUGUGAAAGGACGCGACGUUAUCGCGCAAGCACAGUCCGGUACAGGCAAGACAGCGACAUUUUCCAUUUCCAUUUUACAAAGCCUGGACACAACGCUGCGUGAAACACAGGUCCUGUGUCUGUCCCCCACACGCGAGUUGGCUGUCCAAAUCCAGAAGGUUAUUCUAGCCCUGGGCGACAUGAUGAACGUUCAGUGCCAUGUCUGCAUUGGCGGCACAAACCUGGGCGAGGACAUACGAAAGUUGGAUUACGGCCAGCAUAUAGUAAGUGGCACACCUGGUCGUGUCUUCGACAUGAUCAAGCGACGUGUCCUCCGUACAAGAGCCAUCAAGAUGCUGGUGCUCGACGAGGCAGACGAGAUGUUGAAUAAGGGCUUCAAGGAACAGAUCUAUGAUGUCUAUCGGUAUUUGCCGCCAGCUACUCAAGUUGUGCUCAUUUCCGCUACAUUGCCCCAUGAAAUUCUGGAAAUGACCUCCAAAUUCAUGACUGAUCCCAUUCGAAUUUUGGUCAAACGCGAUGAAUUGACGCUGGAGGGCAUUAAACAGUUUUUUGUUGCCGUGGAGCGAGAGGAAUGGAAGUUUGACACCUUAUGCGAUCUCUAUGACACAUUGACCAUCACCCAGGCGGUCAUUUUCUGCAAUACUAAGCGCAAGGUGGACUGGUUGACGGAGAAAAUGCGCGAGGCCAACUUCACGGUCAGCUCAAUGCAUGGCGACAUGCCACAAAAGGAGCGCGACGAGAUCAUGAAGGAGUUCCGUGCCGGCCAGUCCCGCGUCCUCAUCACCACCGAUGUGUGGGCGCGUGGCAUAGACGUGCAGCAGGUGUCCUUGGUCAUCAAUUACGACUUGCCCAACAAUCGUGAGCUGUACAUUCACCGCAUCGGUCGAUCGGGCCGCUUUGGACGCAAGGGCGUUGCCAUUAACUUUGUGAAAUCGGAUGAUAUACGCAUUUUGCGUGACAUUGAGCAAUAUUACUCGACGCAAAUCGACGAGAUGCCCAUGAAUGUGGCUGAUUUAAUCUAAUACCCAAUUCUAUUAACCCUAGUUUAUUGAACAUUUGUACCACGGCAAACAAUCUUUUCUUAGCUGUAGCGAAACUAUGAACUACGACAAAUGAAAUGAAUACAUUAGAAGCGUAUUUCACAUACAGCACACAACCA